UGUGCAUCACACACUUGACGAAGAACUUCUCUCCUCUUCCCUGAUUCAGAAGAAGGUCAGAGACAUCUGAAAUAUGAAUCUGUGUCCCCUAUGCGCCCUGUCAUAUAUGCCAUCAUUCUCCCUCCGGAUUCCCACGUGGAUUUGUUUGGUGUGUGCUUGGACGUGUGCUUUCAUGUGUCAGGAAGUUUCAGUCACGACAGCACUGAGAAAAGAGUUGAUGGUGUGGUCGUCCACUCGAGUUGACUCGUCAAACGGCAGACAUUGGAAAGUAAAUGUUUUCCAACGCAACUGACAAACACAUUGGCAUAGGUACCUACUACGUAGGUGGACAUAAUCAAUGUUUUAAUCGCCAAGUGUCAGUUCCAGGCGUUUGAGUGCCAAGGCGAAGGAAGGGGAGGGGAUGUCUUGC